UAUGUCACAAUUGACAUUAAAUAUAUUUAUAAAUUUAAAGGUUCGAUUAUAUCUCUUGAGUUUAAGUGGAAAUUUAUAAAUAUUUAAUCUAAUAUUACAUUAAAUCAAUCAAAAAUAAUGUCAACCAAAAAGCCUAUUUCAUGGUUUCUAACAGAAAAAGGCCGAAAAUUUUCUUUUGCUGUUAUAACGGGUACUGGAUUGGCUCUUACCGCUGCACGCUUUAGCCCUCAUACCUUUUUAUUAGGAAAAUAUAAGGAUUUUGUACAUUAUUACAGUAAUGGAAAGCCAGCAGAGCUCCCAAGUGAACUUCAUAAGAAAUACGAAAAAUGUUUAGAUAUGCUAGAAAUAUCGGAAGUUCAUAGAAAAUUGUUUCAACCAUUUUGCGUUUUUGGGUAUGACUUGUUCCAUGCAGGAUGUACUAGUUCGAGGUUUGGUGCUCUCGUUGGUAUUCCAAUAAACUUCCAAUAUAAAUCAUUAAAUGAUGUUGAACAACAAAAUAUACAGGUCAAUCAAAAGACAUUGGACUUAUCUUCUGAAAUUGGCAAAAAAUUAGGGGAAUCACUCAUAUUACCAGAUACAGUUCAAGAAUUUGCUAUUUGUAGAGAGAUGCUAAUGACUCAAAAUAACAAAAUAAUGUUUGAAUCAACUUAUCCAUUUGUGUGCAUAUUCUUAGUAUAUAAUUUGUCACAGUAUAUGAAUGGAAGACUAAAUUUAUAUGCGGCACCAUUAAAUGUUAGAGUUAUUUUGUAUUCUAUAGUUGGAUUAUUUGGUUUGGGUUCAUAUUUCCUGAUGAAGGAUAUGACAGAAAUUCAUUAUGAAACAGAGGUUGACAAGAAAUUAUGUGAAUUGGGCCCCAAUUUUAUUGAAAGUGGGGUUAUAUUUUAUGAAAAAUUAUUACAAAGAAAUCAAGCUUUAAGAGAAUUAAUGGGUAAGGAAGGUGAAAAAAAAUAUACAAAACUAGGCAAUGAAAAUUAUGGUGUUCGGCAACCACAUGUAGCACUAAUACAUAGAAAGCAAUUCUUUGAUCUUAAAUUAAAAGAGUGUCAAGAAAAAAACGAUCAAAAUUUGGAGAACAAUCCGAACUCUGCUUAGAUAUUAAAAAAGAUAUUGUGAGAUACAAAAUCAAGGUGAAGUGACUGUAUGUAUUCUGAUUGUAGUUAAAAUGUAAAUAAUAAGUAUAAAUGAUUACUUAUCUAAUGUAGUAAACCAAGAAUGUAGUAUGU